UUAUUCAUAACACUCCCAGACGCAGGUGUAGACCAGGCUACCUAUUCAUAUGCUCUGCACUCUUCUUCGAUCAAUACCUACACUUCGAGACCAAGGAGCUUCGGGAGGAAUUACCAGCCGGAGAAUGGUUUCACAAUGUUAAUUGAUAUUUGGUGUGGUUAUUUUGUUCUCUCUCAUCCAUACUUCCCGAGCGCAAAUGACUUGACAUGGAUUGUGGUCGCAGUUAGGGACUUUAUUUGUGAAAAAUAGAGGAAGAAUUUAACACGAUGACUGACCAGUACAGUAUGUUUCUUACCACCGCUCCCCCUCUGAGAAGAGGAAGCACACCUCUACCAAUCAAGCACCAGCUGAGGCGGGAGGAGGCCGUAUCAGAGGACCGUGAUUGGAUACCAGGGAUGGACAAACCAUCCACACUGCCAAUCAGUGACACUCUUUGCCAGGAUGAAUCAUUUGGUCAGGCGGCGGAGGGGUAUCAUGGGAGUGCUAUAAGGAUCGUACUACUUGGGCAGAAUGGGGUUGGAAAAUCAUCGCUGGCUCUGUCCCUGGCUGGACUGUCAGACAGAUCUCUUUCGGUGGACUCUGAAACAGCCUGUGGAGAAGGCUACGAGCGCACAGUGUCAGUUGACGAUGAGGAGAGUUCAGUCAUCAUUUAUGACAACUGGAAACAGGACCUGUCCACGCUGCAGUGUGAGGUGGUUGUCCUGGUGUUCUCGGUGACUGACAGGAGGAGUUUCCAGCGCACUGCACAGCUCCGCCUCAUCCUCAGGGAGUCAAUGCCCCACACUCCCAUCAUCCUCGUGGGCAACAAGAGUGACCUUGUCCGUUGUCGAGAGAUCAGCACAGAGGAGGCCCACUCCAGUGCCAUGAUGUAUGACUGCCAAUAUCUGGAGCUGUCUGCCUCCCUGGACCACGGCACCACCGAGUUGCUGGAGGGGGCAGUGAAGGCUGCCAGGGGUGACUGCGUGGGGCCAGGCUGGACGGAGGGGGACCCCGGGGCGGGGCGCAGGGAGAGCCUGACCAGCAAGGCCAAGCGCUUCCUGACUGGCCUGGUGCCACGCUCCUACGGCCGAGGAGACAGGGACCGAGGCCAAUACAGGGAGAUGAGCAGGCACCGGGGGAGCAAGAUCCUCCGACAGAAAUCACGCUCCUGCCAUGACCUCAGUGCAAUGUGACACAUCAGACAGACAGAGAGAGGGGAUGGGAGGUGUGUGAAACGGGGGAAAAAUGAAGGAGGACAACAGGGGAUGGGAGAUAAGUUAUAGAAUGGGAAAAUGAAUAGGAGAAUGGUGAGAAGUGGAGAGAGAGAGAGAGAGAGAGAGAGAGAGAGAGAGAGAGAGAGAGAGAGAGAGAGAGAGAGAGAGAGAGAGCUGGUGAAGGUGAAGUCAUCAGAAUUAUGAGAUGGAUACGAGACGACUCAUUGCGCAAUGAGAGAGAAAAAAAACAAUGAAGAGUGAUAUUGGAGAAAGAUUAAUGGAUCAAGAGGGGAAAACGGUGAUUGGAAAAUGUGCAAGAUGGAAGUCUGAUAUAGAUCUGUUGUAGACCUAAUGAUUAUGUAGAGACUGGUGAUCUAAUGUUGAGCUAAUGAUUAUGUAGAGACUGAUAGAGAUCUAAUGUAGACCUAAUGAUUAUGUAGAGACUGAUGAUCUAAUGUAGAGCUAAUGAUUAUGUAGAGACUGAUAGAGAUCUAAUGUAGACCUAAUGAAUAUGUAGAGACUGAUAUAGAUCUAAUGUACCUACUGGUUAUGUAGAGACUGAUGGAGAUCUAAUGUAGACAUAAUGAUUAUGUAGAGACUGAUAGAGAUCUAAUGUAGACCUAAUGAUUAUGUAGAGACUGAUAGAGAUCUAAUGUAGACCUAAUGAUUAUGUAGAGACUGAUAGAGAUCUAAUGUAGAUCUAAGGAUUAUGUAGAGACUGAUAGAGAUCUAAUGUAGACCUAAUGAUUAUGUAGAGACUGAUAGAGAUCUAAUGUACACCUAAUGAUUAUGUAGAGACUGAUAGAGAUCCAAUGUAGACCUAAUGGUUAUGUAGAGACUGAUAUAGAUCUAAUGUAGACCUAAUGAUUAUGUAGAGACUGAUAGAGAUCUAAUGUACACCUAAUGAUUAUGUAGAGACUGAUGAUCUAAUGUAGACCUAAUGAUUAUGUAGAGACUGAUAUAGAUCUAAUGUAGACCUAAUGAUUAUGUAGAGACUGAUAGAGAUCUAAUGUAGACCUAAUGAUUAUGUAGAGACUGAUAGAGAUCUAAUGUAGACCUAAUGAUUAUGUAGAGACUGAUAGAGAUCUAAUGUAGAUCUAAUGAUUAUGUAGAGACUGAUAGAGAUCUAAUGUAGACCUAAUGAUUAUGUAGAGACUGAUAGAGAUCUAAUGUAGACCUAAUGAUUAUGUAGAGACUGAUAGAGAUCUAAUGUAGACCUAAUGAUUAUGUAGAGACUGAUAGAGAUCUAAUGUAGACCUAAUGAUUAUGUAGAGACUGAUAGAGAUCCAAUGUAGACCUAAUGAUUAUGUAGAGACUGAUAGAGAUCUAAUGUAGACCUAAGUCCCUGUUUAAAAGCAUGAUGUUACACAGUGAAUAGAUUUGCAGUGAUAAGACUUGCCCAGUAGGCUCAUGUAAUUAUAAUAACAACGUCCUGGAUUUACUUCUUAUUGGCCGGAAGCUAUGGUAUACUAUCCCUCCCCUGAUCUCCAAUGCAAUGCCCUUUUCAAAAGCCUCAUCUUGCACUUUUUAUACCGAUCAGAUUUAAUGUCGCUGCUGCAUAAUCCCUUUAUAUCAGGUAUUGCUUUUGGAGAUUUUUUUUCUUCUGUAGAGCAGGUAGUGCUCAAUAAUCCCAUAGAUGAGAGAAAUUGGUUGGAGCAGGUCAUAUAUUACAGGAGCUAUUUUGAAAGUGAAUGUAAACUCAAGUCUUGCGGUUAUAUGGAAUCUGGCCACUUAUCCACUACACUCUCCUUUACAUUGACUCAAUGCUAAACAUCCCUGCACUCAAUCAUGAUCCUAUUUAAUUGGGCAAGGAGAUUUUCCUCACCAGGAAAAACUACAGGCUCUACUUAUAUAUAUGCAGCUACUACAGAGCCUAGCGAUAAGUAAAUCGCUCUAUAUUAAUAGAAGUAAGGAAUACUUGUAACUAGGGCCAGACCUAACAAGGAAAACUCUAGCAGAACCCACAGACUGGCAGAACCCACAGACUGGCAGAACCCACAAACUGGCAGAACCUACAGACUGACAGAACCCACAGACGGGCAGAACCUACAGACUGACAGAACCCACAGACUGGCAGAACCUACAGACUGACAGAACCCACAGACUGAGAGAAGCCACAGACUGGUAAGAACCCCAGACUGGCAGAAUCCACCGACUGGCAGAACCCACAGACUGGUAGUACCCACUCCAAUAACUGCUGACUGAGGCUGAGUCCGAGCACAUUGGCUUACUAGAGGAACACAGGAAUAUAUAUUAUACAGUGCCUUUCGGAAAGUAUUAAGAAUCCUUGACAUUUUUCACAUUUUGUUACGUUAAAGCCUUAUUCUAAAAUUGAUUAAAUCGUUUUUUUCCCUCAAAUCUACACACAAUACCCCAUAAUGACGAAGCUAAAACAUUUUUAUUUUUUUUUACAAAUGUGUUAAAAAAACUGAAAUAUCACAUUUACAUAAGUAUUUAGACCAUUUACUCAGUACUUUGUUGAAGCACCUUUGGCAGCGAUUACAGCAUUGAGUCUUUUGUAUGACGCUACAAGCUUGGCACACAUGUAUUUGGGGAGUUUCUCCCAUUCUUCUCAGUAGAUCCUCUCAAGCUCUGUCAGGUUGGAUGGGGAGUGUUGCUGCACAGCCAUUUUCAGGUCUCUCCAGAGAAGUUAGAUCGAUAAGAGGAAUACUGGACAAGAGGAAUACCUAUGUAAGAAUGCUGUUCAUCGACUACAGCUCAGCAUUUAACACCAUAGUACCCUCCAAACUCCUCUUUAAGCUCAAGAUCCUGGGUCUCGAACCCGCCCUGUGCAACUGGGUCCUGGACUUUGUGAUUGGCCGCACCCAGGUGGUGAGGGUAGGAAACAAUAUCUCCACCCAGCUUAUCCUCAACACUGGGGCCCCACAAGGGUGAGUUCUCAGCCCUCUCCUGUACUCGCUGUUCACCCAUGACUGCGUGGCCAUGCACGCCUCCAACUCAAUCAUUAAGUUUGCAGACGACACUACAGUGGUAGGCUUGAUUACCAACAAUGACGAGACAGCCUACAGGGAGGAGGUGAGGGCCCUCGGAGUGUGGUGUCAGGAAAAUAACCUCACUCUCAACAAAACAAAGGAGAUGAUCGUGACCUUCAGGAAACAGCAGAGGGAGCACCCCCCUUUCCACAUCGACGGGACAGUAGUGGAGAAGGUGGAAAGUUUUAAGUUCCUCUGCGUACACAUCACAGACAAACUGAAAUGUUGCACCCACACAGACAGCGUAGUGAAGAAGGCUCAACAGUGUCUCUUCAACCUCAGGAGCCUGAAGAAAUGUGGCUUGUCACCAAAAACAGUCACAAACUUUUACAGAUGCACAAUCGAGAGCAUCCUGUCGAGCUGUAUCACAGCCUGGUACGGCAACUGCUCCGCCCACAACCGCAAGGCUCUCCAGAGGGUUGUGAGGUCUGCACAACGCAUCACCGGGGGCAAACUACCUGCCCUCCAGGACACCUACACCACCCGAUGUAACAUGAAGGCCAAAAAGAUCAUCAAGGACAACAACCACCGGAGCCACUGCCUGUUCACCCCGCUAUCAUCCAGAAGGCGAGGUCAGUACAGGUGCAUCAAAGCUGGGACAGAGAGACUGAAAAACAGCUGCUUCUAUCUCAAGGCCAUCAGACUGUUAAACAGCUGUCACUAACAUUGAGUGGCUGCUGCCAACAUACUGACUCAACUCCAGCCACUUUAAUAAUAAAACAUUCGGAUGUAAUAAUUGUA